GACCGUCGCGAGCUACGUGCUCUGUAUCUUCCAAGAGCUUCAAGUAUUUAAUACUUCUCCAAUCUUGAAUCCUGACGAAAAAGGAAACUUUUACCCUAGACCUAAGUUCGUAUCUAUAAAAAAAGGAAACUUUUCUUCAAAACUCUCUCACAAACCCUCAGAUAUAAAUUUCCCUCAAGUCUCUCUGAAACUCGCCUUCGUUAGUCUUUGUGGCUUCAAUGGAGUGGGUUCGUGGAGAAACAAUCGGAUACGGUACUUUUUCCACUGUCAGUCUAGCGACGCCGUCUAAUACCAAAGGCUCCGGCGAGUACCCGUCGCUCAUGGCAGUCAAAUCUUCUAACUCUUACGGCGGAAUCGCGAACGAGAAGUCGGUGUUGGAUUCACUUGGCGACUGCCCUGAGAUCGUACGAUGUUUCGGCGAAGAUCAAACGGUGGAGAAAGGCGAGAAGUUGCAUAACUUGCUACUCGAGUACGCUUCGAGAGGAAGCUUAGCGUCUCAGCUAAAGAAACUUAACGGUGAGGGUUUACCGGAAACCACCGUGCGCCGCCACACAGGAUCCGUGCUCAGAGGGUUACGUCGCAUUCACUCUAAAGGGUUCGCUCACUGCGAUAUAAAACUCGAGAAUAUUCUGUUAUUCGGCGACGGCGCCGUUAAAAUUGCGGAUUUCGGAUUGGCGAGAGAUUUAACGGCGUCAAAAGAAGGCGUGGAGAUACGAGGGACGCCGUUAUAUAUGGCGCCGGAAUCCGUUAACUAUAACGAGUACGGAGCAGCUGCUGACGUGUGGGCGUUAGGAUGCGCCGUAGUUGAGAUGUUUAGCGGCGAAACGGCGUGGAGUGUUGAAGAAGGUUCGCACUUCAUGUCGUUUUUGUUACGAAUCGGUGUCGGCGAGGAGUUGCCGAGGGUUCCAGAAGAGUUGUCGGAGGAAGGAAAAGACUUCUUGUCGAAGUGUUUCGUUAAAGAUCCCGAGAAAAGAUGGACGGUUGAGAUGCUUUUGAACCAUCCGUUCGUGGCCGUUGAUUGUGAAGAUGAUGAUUAUGAUCAACGAGACGAGUUAUGUUUGAAGGGGAAGGACAAAGUAUCGAAGUCACCGAGAUGCCCGUUCGGAUUUCCUGACUGGGAAUCUAUGUCGUCCGAGUCAGAGAUUCAAUAUCAGCCGUUGGAUUCUCCGGUGGAGAGAUUUGCGAGCCUGGUUAGUGAAUCGAUACCUAAUUGGUCUGUCUCCGAAGGCUGGGUCACCGUACGGUGACGGGAGUGAGAAGAAAACAGGGGAGAAACAGAGCUGUUGUCAAAGGCUAGGUUAUUUUUUUUAUAAACCUAGUUAGAUCCAAAUUCAAAGAUUUUUAUUCAUAUUUUCUAUACAUGUAAUGUGUUUGUUGAUAUGAACAAUUCAUUGUAGUCUUACGUACCAUUGAUUUUUUU